UCCGCCCCCUUGGCCUCUGCCCUGAGGACGCCAUGCAGCAGGAGACAGGAAGGCGGAAACUGGGCUAAAUGAGCCGGAGCAGGGGAGACGCAGUAAUAGGAGGGGGGUCGCCCCCCGCUUCCCCUGGGUGCCUCCCAGGGCUCUGCUCAAAUAUCUGGUUCUGGAGGUGCACUACAGGGAUUCUUGCUGUUGUUGCAGUUUUGAUCUUGUGUAUUCACCUUGCGGUAAAUAGCUCAUCAGGGAAAGGUUCUUCUGGCUCUUCUCCUCCGGAACCAUGCCCUGCCGACUGGCUGUACCACCAAAGGAAAUGUUACUACUUCUCUGAGACAGAAAAGGACUGGGACUCCAGUCAGAGGUUUUGUUCCUCACACAACAGCUCCCUAACUGUAAUUGAAAACCAGCAGGAACUGAACUUUAUAAUGAAAAUAACAAAGCAAGAUCCGUGGAUUGGACUUCAGAAGACAGGAGAAGAAUUCCAUUGGGUAAACGGGACUCCAUUAGAUACAAAUCUAUUGGCAGUAAAGGGUUCUGGAGAAUGCGCCUAUAUUGAAUCAGAUGGGAUCUCCAGUUCUGGAUGCUCAUUAACCAGGGGUUGGGUCUGUAAAAAAACCUCUUAGCUCUGUGUACUCAGGCUUCACUCAGCCAAUUAAUGUAAGACCCCGGGUUCAACUGUCACAGUUCAGGGCAACUGCACCUGUAUUUCCCCUCAGUGACCCAGCAAGGGCACCUAGUCUCAGGCUUGCUGCAUCUCUCUCCCUUCUGACUGGGGCUGCACAGUUCCCUGCCUUUACUGUGUUGUUCCCAGCACAGACAGGUUGCCCAAGGACACCUGCUUGCUUUCUCUUCCGAGACAGUUAGCAGGUGUAAUUGCUACAGUUACAAGAUACCACACAGCACUUCCUAUGACAGCCCACUUUAUUCUUACGGUAAAAAUCAUUAUGAAGAAAGCAUUAAAACAAUAAAAGACACUACGCACAUGCUACUAAGCUUCCCAGAGUUCACCCUAACAUGGAUUCUGGCAGGAGCAGUUCUUCCAUUCCCCCACCCAAUGGAUUCCUUGUGGUUACAAGUUCAUCACAGCUUCAGCUCAGAACAAGCUCACUAGAGCCAGUCCUUCCAACUCUACCACAGGUCUAGUCUGUUUGCUGGAUCAGGAAGAAGGCCCUGAGCUGGUUGAAAAUCAGGCUAUUUAUCCAAAAAUCUUUUUUGUCUGCUGGUCCCUGGAGAGUCCAGUUUGAACUAGCGGAGGCGCACUUCUCCAGGUGGUGGUGUCUCUUUGGAGAUAUUACAACCUGAGUGUAUGUGCCUAAUUACCCCCUGCUGUUCUCUUAUUUAUCCUUCCAUGGAAAUGCAUACAAUUCCACAGUAAUACAGACACAAUUACAUUUUAAUACAGUGGACCCUCAAAGGUAAUCACCUAUUUCAAUAAAAAGAAGAACAGGAGUACUUGUGGCACCUUAGAGACUAACAAAUUUAUUAGAGCAUAAGCUUUCGUGGACUACAGCCCACUUCUUCGGAUGCAUAUACGAAAGCUUAUGCUCUAAUAAAUUUGUUAGUCUCUAAGGUGCCACAAGUACUCCUGUUCUUCUUUUUGCGGAUACAGACUAACACGGCUGCUACUCUGAAACCUAUUUCAAUAAGAUCUAACUUAGUUCAAUAAAGUUCCUUCAGGAUAUUGCAGGACCUUGUGAGUCUGUUACAUCAACAACAUCUUGAAAGCUAUAAAUGCAAUGUAGCCUCAGUACAUUUAUAUACAUUUCAAAGCAUUAACAACUGUAGAUUAGCAAAAUCUCUUACCAAAAACACUAACCCACAACCACCCCACCUGGGUUCAGAAAGGAAGGAGAAAGAUCUAUUAGCCAUGAACUGAGAACUCAGUCACUGGUUUGCUGUGAAUGCUGCUUGUCAGUCUUGUCUCAUAUCAUUGAUUCCUUGUGCUCUCCCCUUCCCCACAAUCUCUUUGGUGUAUCCACCUGUUGUUUCUCAUCCUAUAGUGAAGGUAUGUCUACACUGCAAUCAGAAGUGUGACUGCAGCACGUGUAGACAUACCCGAGUUAGCUUUGAUCUAGCUAGCUCAAAUUACAAUAGCAAUGCAGCCACAGCAGCACGGGCUAUACAAUCCUGCUGGGGACCUUGGGUAUGCAGUUGAGCUGCUAGCCUGUACUGCCACAGCUUCAAUGCUAUUGUUACACAAACUAGUUAGAUCAAAGCUACCUCAAGUAUGUCUAUGCUUGCUGCAGUCUCACCUCUGAUUGCAGUGUGCCCUUAGAGUCUAAGCUCCUUGGCUAGCUAGAUCAAACAAUCUUUUUGUCAUGUUUGUGCAAUGCCUACCACAAUGGGGCCAUUAUCUCUAGGCAUUAUCGCAAUACAAAUAAUUAAUACUACUACUGAGAGUCACUUUCCAACCAGAGGAUGUGAUUCAAAUAAUUCCUGAGACCACAUAAGUUUGUAGCACAAGAUUCGGUUCAGGGGCAUCUACUAGGGUCACUUUCCUUUCACACCCAAAGAACAUGUGCUGGGGAAAUAGUCCGAAGGGCUAUUCCAGUCCAGCAAUAAAGUUUAAGGUUGGCAGGGCAAGUUCCCAUCCAACCCUGAGCUAGGUAGGAAUGGAAUCUUAGAUUUCUGAGUGAGGGCAUGUCUAUGCUACUGGUGCUACAGUGGCAGCGCUCCAGCUAUGCUGCUGGAUCACCAUAAAGUAGAGGCUUCCUACAUUGACAGAAGCAGUUUUUCCAUUGACGUAGGUAAUCUGCCUCCCCAAGCAAUGGUAGCUGGGUUGAUGGAAGAAUUCUUUCCAAGCACCAGGGGUUAGGUCGGUUUACCUAUUGUGCUCAGAAGUGUGAAUUUUUCACACCCCUGCCACUGUAGCUAGGUUGAUCUAAAUGUUAAGUGUAGAUCACGGCUCAGUAUAUGAAUCUACUAAUUUCUCUGUUGAGAUAGUUCUAAGACUAGUGAGGGAUAAAUGAGAGCAAGGUGGCUGUGGAACAAUGACCACUGUGAGUGAGUUUAUAUGGCCCAGCCAAUUGAUUCUAGCUGCUGGUGACAUUUGACGCUUAGGGUAAGAAACCAUUCCAAAUCAGCUGUCUGCAGUUGGGAAGGAUCAGGAGUUACCAUAAGUCUAAGAAGCCUGAAAGCCCUCAGCUUUCAUUUUAAAAAUAAUUUUCCUUUGAGGAGCAAUGGCAAUAAAACCAACCCAGGACCCCACUGGCAGUUUGUAUGCAGCCAUCAGUGAGUGCCAGUUUGUUAGCAAAAAGAGGAUCUCUUCAUAUUCUCAUGCGUGUAAAAUUAUGCCUUGUUUUACAAAUUAUUUAUAUUAUUUACACUGCUAAUUUUCCCCCAUAAGGCUCUGUUGUUACUAUUCUCUUUGCCUUGUAUAUUUUUUUCAAUGUAUUUUUCUUUGUUUGUUUAUAGUUUAUUUGCUAUUUGGUUUUGUCCGUCAUAUGUAUAAUGUUGGCUGUAUGUCUUUACGAUGACAGGACAAUAUAAAUGUCCUGGAGUUUAUGAUUUCAAUACUUUUAGUAACUUAAAGUUAUAAAAAAUGAAUUUCCAUAUAAAAAGUCUAAUAACACUGCUCUACAGCCAAAAUGCUUCUGAAAUAAAUGUAGUCAAACUUUACUAAUUCUGGGUCACUGAGAACGAAAAUGAUGCUUAAAAUUGUUGAUUGGCUCUAGUUUUCAAGAUAUGCUAUUGGGUCAGUAUAUACGACCCUUGACUUGGGAAUGGCGGAGGAUAAGUGAGUUAUAAAGGGAAGAGAUCUCAAUUUAAACCAGAAAUGACUAAAAUACAUCUUUGACUGGAUCUAUGAAUAAAUCUAUGACUGGAUUUGGACAGUACUUGCUUUUUAGGCAAAACAAUGAAUGAUGCAAUCUGAAGCUGGUAUUGCCUCAUAAAUGAUAUGAAUUGCAUCAUGCUAUUCCUAGAAGUCAUGGAUGAUGCAAUCAUAACGAAGCUUACAUCAGUCUGCUGAACAAAUUGCCCUAUAUCAGCUCUAGAAAUCAUACAGUGUCGUGCUCUCUUAUUUGUCAGUGUUUGAUUUUGCAAAGGAUCACAUUUCUGUUUAGCCAAAGUGAGCAGAGAUGCCUCGUACUUGUGUGAACAGUGCAGAUAACUUCUGCUAUGUUUGUGGUGAAGUGACUUGUGCAUCACAAAAGCGCAGUAUAACCACUAUGGUUAAGAAAGCCUAUCACCUUUAUUUUGGCUGCAAAAUUGGAGAUCAGGACAAGAGGUGGGCCCCACACAUAUGCUGCAACACUUGUGCAACAAAUCUUCGCCAGUGGUUGAACAGGAAAUGGAAAUCUAUGCUUUUUGCAGUGCCAAUGAUUUGGAGAGAGCCAACAGAUCAUACCAGCAAUUGUUACUUCUGCAUGGUGCCUCCAGUUGGGAAAGGUGUGUCAAAGAAGAAAAAGUGGACUGUGCAUUAUCCAAACAUUCCAUCAGCUAUACGCCCAGUACCCCACGGAGAAGGACUGCCGGUUCCUGAUGCACCAGAAUCAUUCUCACUUGAGUCAGACGAGGAAGAGGAUGAAACUUCUGGUCCUGAACCAUCAAUGUCACAGGACCCACAUUUUCUCCCAUCCUCCUCUUCUGAACGACACCUCAUAACACAAGGUGAACUGAAUGACCUUGUCAGGGAUUUGGAACUACCCAAGAGUAAGGCAGAGCUGUUGGGCUCCAGACUACAGCAGUGGAAUCUCCUGGCAGUUGAUGUUAGGGUUUCCAUGUUCCGUGACCGUCAAAAGGAUCUUGUCCCAUUCUUCUUCAUGGAAGGUGAUCUUGUAGCCUGCAACAACAUCGAUGGUAUGAUGGCAGCCCUCAACAUCGUUCACGAUCCAGAUGAGUGGAGACUGUUCAUUGAUUCAUCGAAGACGAGUCUUAAAGCUGUUUUACUGCAUAAUGGCAAUGUUUUGCCAUCAAUUCCAGUUGGUCAUGCAGUCCAUAUGAAGGAAACCUAUGACAACAUGAAACAACUUUUGAGGUGCAUAAACUAUGACCAACAUCAGUGGCAGCUUUGUGUCGAUUUGAAGGUUGUUGCUCUCUUGCUUGGUCUGUAGACUGGAUACACAAAGUACUGCUGUUUUCUCUGCGAAUGGGAUAGUCGUGCAAGAGAUUCCCACUACAUCAAGAAAGAUUGGCCACUCCGACAGUCAUUGGAGCCUGGGAGGAAAAAUGUUCAGCAUCCACCACUUGUUGAAUGAAGGAAGAUUUUGUUACCACCCUUACACAUCAAGCUGGGUCUGAUGAAGAACUUUAUCAAGGCCAUUGACAAAAUACAAGCAGCUUUCAAGUACCUCCGUGGAAAAUUUCCAAGGUUAAGUAAAGCUAAGAUAAAGGAAGGUGUCUUUGUUGGUCCUCAGAUUCGUGAACUUCUUCGAGAUGAUGCAUUUGACCAUGCUCUGCGUGGCAAGGAAAAGACGGCAUGGAAAGCCUUCCAGUUAGUGGCAAUAAAUUUUCUCAGAAACAACAAGGCAGACAACUACAGGUUGUUGGUGGAAAACCUCCUCAAGGCAUACAAAAGCCUUGGUUGCAACAUGUCACUAAAGAUACAUUUUUUGCACUUUCAUCUAGAUUUUUUCCCACCGAACUGCGGAGCAGUGAGCGACGAGCACGGCGAGCGAUUUCACCAGGACAUUGCAACAAUGGAGAAACGCUAUCAGGGCAAAUGGAACCCAUCAAUGCUUGCAGACUAUUGCUGGACAGUGACAAGAGAUACUCCAUUUAAUGAAUACAAGAGACAAGCCAAGAAGCACCGAGUAGACACUGAAUAGGACUAAACUAUGUACAUAAUAGUUUUUUGCCUUUUGUUUCAUAAUAAAUUUUAUGUAUAUAACCCUUUUGCUGAUUUUUAAAGUGUUACAUAAACAGGACAGGUGAAAUAUUAUCAUGUAAAGCAACCAUAAACACAUGAAAAGACCUAGGUUUACAAUUUAUGAUUAAAACUCUACUAUCUACACAAUAUACAUAGACAUAAAAUGUAAAAACUUAAAUAUCUUAGAAACAGUAGCCAAUCAGUUGUUUUAAUUGUCAUAUUUGAAUUCAGCACAUCAAAAUACAUAAUAAAUAGCACAUUUUAUCUGAAGCAGACGACUUCUCAAAAAUUGUAGACCAGUGUAAUUUGUAGAUUUAAUAAUAAGUACAAGCAGACUUUUUUUUUUUAUCCUUUGGACACACAUACCCCUCUGAAGGGAAAAGUAGUGCAGUUGUGCUGAAAGUUUUUCUGAGGAAUACCCCUAUGGCAAAUAAAUAUUCCAUGUAUGUGUGA